AUGUCCCCAUCUCCCAGACGCCGGAAGAAAUUGAGCCUCGAAUGCAGUGUCUGCAAAAGGUGCUACGCCAAGAGAGAACAUCUUCAGCGACAUGAGCUAAUCCAUACUGGCGCGAAACCAUUCGCAUGUGCCAUCUGUGACCGUUCAUUUUCUCGACAAGAUGUGUUGAACAGACAUGCCCGUGUUCAUCAAAAUUUACCUGCAGCUCAAGGAGAGCGUCAAAACCAGCAGGGUAGUGCUCUUCCCAUGCAGCAAUUGGAACCAGACCCAACGCCGUUCCCAAGUCAAGGCCCCAAUGGCACAUCCCUGGAAGAUUGCUCGGCUCUUCUGUGGCCUGAUUCUGAAGAUCUCUUGCAGAGUAUCCUCUCCAUGGGGACAGGCCAAUGGGAGCUUGGGGCGCAAGUCAUGCCACAGGCUCUUGCGGUCCCUUUAUACCCCACGAGCUAUCCAUCGGGUAUCUCACCAUCAGACCAAAGUACUAUUGUUGAAGAUGGUGAACGGGCUAUUCAUUCCUUGAGUGGGCUAAUCAGUGAGACAUUCUGCAGCGUGACAACACCGACAGCUUUGACGGGGUUGAACUCUCGGUUCCUGGACAGCUCCUUACAUAUGUUCUUCAAGAAUGUCGUACCAAUGUUUCCUGUCAUCCAUCAGCCCACAUUUGUCUUUCGUGACUGUCCUGCUCCUUUGCUGUUGAAUGCUAUUGCGCUGGGGGCGCUAUUUCUGGGUACACCUGAUGCGACAAUCAAGGACAGAACCCUCCGAGUGACGAGUCAAGUUUUUCAUGGACUGGCGAUAUACUGGGCCAGUCACUGCGGAAUGUACGAAAUGAUAGACCAAGCUCCGCUACCAGCUGCAGAUGACUCGCCUGAUAUUAUUUCAGAUGCUUGGAGUAUCUGGAUUGCACGAGAAACUCGACUACGAACGCUGCUUGGAUUGUACAUUGUGGAUGGAGUCGUCUCGCAGUUCAGCGGCAACCCGACUUUCGCUCGUCAUAUGGCCAAUCCACUCGCUCUCCCGAGCAACGAGAAAGCCUUUCAAGCUCUCUCAGCUGGCGAAUGGAUUGGGAUCAUGCAUCAGAAUGCUGUAUCAUCCGGGUCAAAUAUCCGAUUCUGCGAUGUCUUCCGAUCUCUUUUCUCUACCGACGAAAGAGCAUCUACACUCACACCCCGAUGCGGCAUUUCAUUAUUCCACCAUAAGGUUAUUCUUGAAGGCAUUCGAUCAUUGGUAGCAGAUGCCAAUCGAACAGAUCCACCACCAGUCGGUGUCCCCACAAAGGCUGAAAUCAGUCAAACGAUGAAUCGACUGCGAGCGCAUAUAGUCGGGGAGGAGAUAUUGUCCCCAACAGAACAACUGGUGGCCCUUCUGCAGUGGCACACAAUCGCUCUAGAUCUCGUCGUCAGUACAGCAAGGGGAACGCGCCGAAUGUGCUAUAUGCAUGGGAUCUCCCAGCGCAUAUUCGGGGGCGACAGCCGCGACGAGACGGAUAUUGACCCUCGCCGGUGGGCACAGAGUAAAUCUGCCCGUAUUGCACUCCUGCAUGCAUCACAAAUUCAAGAUCUUGCAACUCGUUUGCCUCUUGGCAUGGCAUAUGAUGUCAAUGUUCCUGGUGCUGUUUUUGCUGCGGCUACCACAUAUAGUGCUUUCGCUCUCGCUGGGGCUGGGAAGGUAGUAUUGCCUUCUAUGGUCGACUGGGAAGCUGUGAUUCAUUCCACAGCAGCAGAUCCUCCAAGCUCAGGGGGCUCCAGUACCCAGGAAACUUUGGCAUUCAUCGAUGGUACAUUUUAUGUACGAGGCCUGCUUCGGGACCUAUCAUACGAACUCACCUCCAUUCGGAGUCUUUUGCGAGGCCUUUCACUUCAUUGGGGAGUCGCACAGGAAAUGGAGGAGGUGGUCAACGCGUGGAUUGAGAGGUGUGCUUGA